AUGCGCGCAGCGCUGCUGGCCGCCCUGCUGGCUGUGGUCUCAGCGCCCAGCACCCAGGCCGUGUGGCUGGGGAGGCUGGAUCCUCAGCAGCUCAUGGGGUCCUGGUACGUCCUCGCCGUGGCCUCGGGGGAGAAGGACUUUGCGCUGGAGAAGGCCACGAAGAGUGUCGAGGGGGUCGAGGUGAUGCUGACGUCCCAGAACACCCUGAAGAUGCGGGCUUCCCGGCACAGGCUGGAGAGAUGCCACCUGCAGGCUGUGGAGCUGCGGAGACAAAAUUCCGGAUGGGUCUUCGGGAAUCCCUCCCUGGGCGUGCUGGAGUACCGGGUGCUGGGCACCAACUUCAGGGACUACGCCAUAGUGUUCACGCAGCUGGAGGCCCAGGAGGAGGCCUUCAGCACCGUGGAGCUGUACAGCCGGACGGCCCUGGCCAGUCAGGAGGCCCUGGGCCGCUUCGCCAAGUGGAGCCGGAGCCUGGGCUUCCUGUCGCAGCAGCAGGCCGAGCUCCAGAGGGACUGUGAGUGUCGCCAGAUGCUGGGGGGCUGUUUGCCGGCCUGA